AUGCCGUCGCCACCGACGACGACGUCUCUCUCCGUAACACAAACAAUAAACGGAUCGCACAGCUUCACAAUCAAAGGGUAUUCGCUAGCCAAAGGAAUCGGGAUCGGGAAACACAUCGCGAGCGACACAUUCACCGUCGGCGGAUACCAGUGGGCAAUCUAUUUCUACCCAGACGGUAAAAACCCGGAGGACAAUUCGGCUUACGUCUCCGUAUUCAUCGCCUUGGCUAGCGACGGCACCGAUGUGAGAGCUCUCUUCGAGCUCUCGCUGCUUGAUCAGAGCGGCAAAGGGAAGCAUAAGGUCCAUAGCCACUUCGAUCGUGCUCUCGAGAGCGGUCCUUAUACCCUCAAGUAUCGCGGCAGCAUGUGGGGAUACAAAAGGUUUUUUAGAAGAACAAUGUUGGAAGCAUCUGAUUUUCUCAAGGACGAUUGUUUGAAAAUCAAUUGCACAGUGGGGGUUGUGGUCUCGGAGAUAGAUUGUCCACGUUUGCAUUCGAUUCACGUCCCUGCGUCUGAUAUCGGAUCUCACUUCGGGAUGCUUCUGGAGAACGAAGACGGUUCGGAUAUAACUUUUAACGUCUCAGGUGAAAAGUUCCGUGCUCACAGGUUGGUGUUAGCAGCUCGGUCUCCUGUUUUCGAAAGCGAGUUUCUUGAUGGAGUUGAUGGAGUUGAAGAAGAUCGUGAUAUCGAAGUUACUGACAUGGAGCCUAAAGUUUUCAAGGCGUUGUUACAUUACAUAUACAAAGAUGCUCUCAUUGAAGAUGCAGAGACGUCAUCGUCUUCUGGCUCAUCUGUUGGUCAAGCAGCGUCAGAUACUUUAGCUGCGAAACUGUUAGGAGCUGCUGAUAAAUACAAGUUGCCUAGGCUUAGUUUGAUGUGCGAGUCGGUCCUCUGCAAGGAUAUAUCUGUAGACUCCGUUGCUAAUAUAUUAGCACUCGCUGAUCGAUACAAUGCUUCAGCUUUGAAGUCUGUUUGUCUGAAAUUCGCAGCGGAGAAUCUCAUCGCUGUGAUGAGGUCAGAUGGGUUUGACUAUCUAAGGGAACACUGUCCAUCGCUACAGUCUGAGCUUCUGAAAACAGUAGCGGGAUGCGAAGAGGAGUUAAGCGGAGGAGGAGGGAAGACGAGAAGCGUGUGGGGGCAGUUCUCAGACGGUGGAGGUGAGACUAAUGAGAGAAGCGGAAGGCAACAACAGACUUGGGGAGAGGUCAAUGGAGGAGGAGGAGGAGGAGGAGAGAGAAGCCAGAGUGUUUGGGUUCAAGUGGUGAACGCUAAUGGAAGUGGAAGAAACAAUAAUAAUAAUGACAGUGAUGACCCAAUGGCCGAAGAUUGA